AGUUAACUAUCCGAGCUGUUGGCGUACACAUCAAACUUUAUCUUGGACGAGUGCUGCCUGCAAUCGAAGUUAAAAGCUCAGUUUCUUAUAAGCAGCUGCUUUUCGCUGCCAGCAUGGCUCUAGAAGCACUAGUCACAGCUUUGGCCUGCCUGAGCACGACAUCAACGCCGCUUUUUGAAAAACCCAUACCAAAUAUCAUGAAAAAUUCGCUAGAGCCGCUUCGCGUGGAUAAUCACACAGGCGGCUGUCCAGUCUCUGCGCUGGGGGGUCUGAUGGCGCGUGUCCAACACAUGACCGAUGAACUGCGGUCGCUCCGAGCGGAUCUCAACGAAUUGCAAAAUCUCAUCGACCAGUAUAAAAACCAAUCAUAUAGCGGACAAAUUGAACCGCGCAUCCUUCCAGUUCAUCCUUUCGUGCCAACUGUAAUGGCUUCAGUCACUGAUGUCGAUGAUACACCGCGCAAUUGUCUGGAUCAAAAGCACGGUCAGGUGCUCAUCCGUAUCCGGCCUGAUGUCGAGCCCUUUUAUGUGAGCUGUGAUCAAACGGUGCGCGACGGUGGAUGGCUAGUGAUCGCUUAUCGAUUCGAUGGCAGUGAGGAAUUUAGUCGCGAUUGGCAUGCAUACAAGUCUGGUUUUGGUGAGCUUAACUCUGAGUUUUUUAUUGGCCUGGACAAAUUGUAUAGGCUGACCCACACCGAACUUCACGAGCUGCUUAUUAUAAUGCGUAACAAAGAUAGGGAGGAGCGUUUCGCGCUCUAUAAUCAGUUCAGCAUUGCCAGCGAAGCGGAGAAGUAUUUUCUCUAUUUGCUGGGCACCUACAAAGGCGACGCAGGCGACUCCAUGCGAUAUCACGCCGGCAAGAAGUUCACAACUUAUGACCAGGAUAACGACGACAACGGACAAAACUGCGCACGUACUCACGCGGGAGCCUGGUGGUACGGACGCGAAUGUUUUGAGAGCAAUCUAUUUGGCACUUUUCAAAAAAAGUAUGGCCAGGAGAUUGGCUAUUUUAAAGGCAUUCUUUGGAAAACCUUUGUACCGGGUCCCACAGGGUCGUUGCGAUAUGUUCGCAUGCUAAUCCGACCUUACAGGCAGGCGUAGCCAAAGUCUUGGAUUUCUUAAAAGUUAAACGCGCAGAAUUCCUAAAUAGUCUAAGAAUGAAAUAUCACAGUUACUUUUUAAUUUUUUUUAAUGUAUACACAAACAUAUGUAUCCAUUCUGUAAUUGAAAUAUUAUUU